CAGUCAUUGCUUGGCAACAUCUCAUUUUUGCAAGGAUCAAGAAGAUUUCUUUAUGCUGUAACUCCAAAAGAAACAUCUUUUGAAAAGCUUGGGGAUGUACCUGAUUAUCUCAAUGAAGUAAGUUACUUUACUUAUCCAUACCGGGUCUGUAAGUUUCAUGAUGUGAAAAAUUGAUGUAUCUUUAGAAUCAGGCAAUGAAUUAUGAUAAGCAAAUCUGUGAGAGAGUGGGGUGGGAGUUGUCUGAAAGGUGCUAUGGCCAAGAGGGGAUGGAAAUAAAGAUUCCCUCAGUGGGGGAGAAAACUUGAAUGUAACUAAAAGGAAUUAAGGAGGAAAGAGGAGAGAUGGGUAGGGGGAAAGAGUUGAAUGAAUAUUUGAACAUGUAGCUGCAGCCCAGGGUAUAAUAUAUGACUAAGGACCCUAGCGGUUACCCUUAGCCUCUAGCAGACCAUGUUCAGAUGCAAUUUUAUUUCUAGACAAGACACCAAAAAUCCCUAUCCUAUCCUAGACUAUAUGAACCAAAAAUCUCCAAUUAUACUUCAUAUAUCACAGACCAAUAUUCCAUGCAAUGUCUACUGUUACCCUGUUCUAGAACAACUCCCUCUGAUUUUUAGCAAGACCCAGUCCCACACUAAACUGCUUGAAAAUUCUACCAUUCUGAAUCCGACACACCUAAUUACCGUAAAGUGGAUAUAUAGCUUUUCUGCUGAUUUUGUUUUACUUUGACCCUUUUUUUAUCUUUAGGCCAUUCCAUUUUUCUUGGGUGCCAUUGCCCUGGAGUACAUUUUAGCUUUCCUCGCUGAUCUUCCAAGAGCAAGGUUGAAUGAUGCAUUCAGUUCAGUCUCUGCUGGAGUUUUUUCUCAGUUGUCCAAGUAAGAUAAAAAAUUAUUGGCAAUAUUGUCAUUUUUAAAUGGCUACUUGCAUUCAAAUUAAUAUUAUGAGUUGGCUGCUGGUUGAUUUUUAUGUAAAACUUAUGCUAAUGCCAUGCUCAGAUCACCUACAUUCUGAAAUCAUAAUAUAUUUAUUAAAAUAUUUAUUAUUGAGAAAGCAUUUUGUGUAAAGCAGUGCAAUGAAUUGAAAUUAAAGGGGUGUCUGGCAUGGAGUGCAAAGUUCAUGAUGUAUGAUAAACUUCUAGAUUCUCAUUCCAAUUUGCCAUUAAUUAGCUGUUAAAUCAAAGGGAGAAUUUGAUAUUAGAUCAGGAGUCCUGUGGGUCCCUAUGCCUCCCAAUGCUGAUUGUGAUUUCCAAGAUCCGUGAGGAUUUUGGCCAAUUAGUUACAGCCAGAAAAUGUCAGAGUACGCACAUUUUUACACUCAAGUUUAUGUGUUCUUGUUGUUAAUUUUCUGCCCUUUUUUAUUCUUAUAUAACAUUGAUGAUGUUUUUUUUUCAGGAUAAUUGUGUUGAGUGCUGAGCUUGCUCUGUACGUUUUUGUUUAUGAUAAUUUUCAUCUGGUGACUUUGCCAUGGGAUUCCCCAUGGACCUGGUACAUUUGUUUUAUUGGAGUGGAUUUUAUAUAUUACUGGUUCCAUAGGGCUGCCCAUGGUAAGCUGCAUGUCUAAAUACAUAAACCCAUUCACCCCUAAGCUGCCUAUAACUGCCCCCUGCCGUGAUGAUGUAAAACCUCAUUUCCUCAAGCCAAAAGUGUCUACAUCGUCAAAUGAUUAUCCAUUGGUGUAAAUUGACAGGGAGUCUACAUUGUAAUAUCAAAAAAUUGUAAAAUUGUAAAAGUAAAAGUUAAGUCUGUAAGAGAGUGCUGGUGAUGGUGGGUCCUUUUUUUUCAGGGGUGCAAUGUUAUUUACUCAGUUGGUUGAUUAGGGUGAUUGCCCAUUUCGGGAGGGUGCUCAUUAGAGUAUGGGUGUUUGUUUGGGGAAAGAGAAGUGACAAAAGGAUUUAUAUUAUGUUGUUAUUUCACUGGCAUAUAUUUUUUUUCAUCAGUAAUUUUUUAGAAAAAUUAAUAUGAAGUGAAUUUUUAAAGAAGCUAAGUGUAUAACUGUUAAUAAAUUUUUGGACCUUUUUAUAGAAAUCAAUAUUUUUUGGGCAGCCCAUCAAGCGCAUCAUAGUUCAGAGGAUUAUAAUCUUACAACUGCCUUGCGACAAUCUGUGGUACAAAAUUACACAUCUGCGGUAAGUCUGAAGAGUCAUUCAUCAAGGCCUUUCCUACAUGAGCAAACACAAUAAAAUGAGAUUAGACAAUUUGUAUGCAAAUCAUUGUGUUUUGUCAACUCCAAGUCUCCAGUUGGUGCCUUUGUUCAGACAAAAAAAAUCUGCAACCAGUCUGUAAGGGCUAGAGCUACUUAAGAGGAAGCAUUCAUGUCCAAACUUAAGACGGUAGUAAUAACUAUCUAAAGCUUGAGUAAAGAAUUCAUUUCGGCGGGGUCCUAGGCUGCCUGUUACCCCCCUGCUCCCCUUUGUCAUAAAACUCUUUUUUUUUUUCAAAUUGAGAAGAGCUUGUUUGGGAAGGAGGAGGGGGGGGGGGAACUUGCUCAAAUACUCCAAUACAAUGCUUAUGUACCUGAUGCUUUGCAUUUAUUACAGUAUGCCAAUAAAUUAAUUAUUUGUUUCUGGCAUGUGCGCAAAGCAAAAUUUUUGUUAAAAGUUUAUUUGUUCAAAAAUGUAUCUAUUUCCUCUUGUUUUACAGAUUUUUUACAUGCCCUUGGCUUUAGCUGUUCCUCCAUCGAUUUUCUGUGUUCAUGCUCAGUUUAACAUGCUUUAUCAGUUCUGGAUUCACACAGAGAUUGUGCGAUCUCUUGGACCUCUUGAAUACAUCUUUAACACCCCAAGUCAUCAUCGAGUCCACCAUGGUAAUUUGAUCUUUGUCUCCCCUGUAAAUAUGUUAGACAUGCUUGAGGAGAUAUUAAAGGAACUUCUUCCCUCCCCACGUGUGCCCUCCUCUCUCACGCGCGUUAUCUCGUACUUGAAAAUUGCCCAUAAUGCAUUGCAAUUGUAGGGCCACGUCACCUUUUCAAACGCAUAGUUAAGUUAAGAUACAAAGAAAUGUCCAGGUCUGUAAAAACGUUUAAGGUGGAGAAAUGGAUCAUAAAGUUCCCAUACUCUGACUUAUAAUUUGAACACGACCUUAGUGUAUGUAGAAUAUUGACGUAAGACAAGCACAUUUGCUGACGAUUACUUCGAGUCGUUUUUACUCCCUCAGGGAGUAACACGACUCGAAGGAAUCAUCUGAAAUUCAGGCUAAGGGAUAAGCUGAAGAAUCGCAAGUUAGCUAAAAUGCCAUGUACCAUAAUUGACCAUUAUUAAGUUACUGGAGAUUUGCAUGUUAUCUUGUUGCAGGAAGAAAUCCAUACUGCAUUGACAAAAACUAUGGUAAGUAAGCAAUUAGUUUUACAUAUCUUGAAGAGUUUGGACCUAAGUAUUGGUCGUAAAUGUUAGGUGUUAGGGAAGAGGAGAUUUGAAAAAAAAAAUGAACGCUUUGGGGGAGGAGGAGAAGCGGGGAAAGGCCUGAUAUUUUCCAUAUGUCCUUGCAACUCCAAUCAAAGUCACCUUUCAUCUUCAAAUAGGGUAACUUCAGAACAAAAGAAUCCAAAUUCCUUCCCCCUCCUCUCCAUUCAAAGUUGGGGUAUUUGUUGUUUUCUAUAGGUAGCUCGAACAGCGGAACAAAAUUGCAUAAAGGGGAUGGGAGAGGAAAAAGCUUUAUUUUCCACUUUUAAAGUCGGUAAGACAUCAAAAAGCCCCUUUCGAGCAAAGUAUGACUACGGGUAGCAUUUGAGGGAUAGGAGAUGAUUACCGGUAUGCUAGUGGAGUCAAGGCUAUAAGUAGUUUUAAAAGACACAGUUAAUCAAAAUACUUUCAAAUACUGCUUUGCAAAAGCUAGUCUGCGAAAACAGCCGUGCCUCCUCGAGUCGCUCCUUGCCGCAGGCAACGUUUCGCCAGCAGCGAGGAGCGAGGAGCUUGAGAGGCGGCUGUUUUCCCGUAGCGUGCAAAAGCUGCACAUUUAAUUUUUUUGUCAACACGCUAAGAGCAAAUUUUUUUUCUUGUUUCAGGUGGUACAUUUAUUAUCUGGGACAGACUUUUUGGUUAGUUGUUACUUUGCUUGAAUUUCGAUUUGGUCAUGAUACACCCUUGGAUCCAAAAAGAAAAAAAAUUACAAUUAAAUCGCCAAGGCCCUCUGUUGAUUCGCGCAUUGUUGCUGUUGUUUUUGAUAGGAACAUUUCAGGCGGAAACCAAUGAGGAAAUAGCCUAUGGCCUGGUUCAUCCACUCGCGAGUUGGGAUCCUGUUUGGAUACAGGUUAGAAUCAAUAGAUUCCUCGCCUACCAUGACCUUAUUUUCAGUUUAAAAAAGUAACCGUUUAAACGAAAUUAUCCUUCACAGCUUUGCCACUUCUCUCAUGUUUGGAAAACUUUUUGGGAGACCUCAGGAGUUAUGAACAAGGUAAAAACCCCAUUUAACGAUCUUAUGGUUGCGCAAAGCCUUUACUUUUCUUUGGUUAUGAGUAUCUUUAGUUCAUUUUGCUUUUUUUAAAAGUAAACAUUUGUUUCUAGGUAGUAAAUGAUUGUAACAACUGCAGAGGAAAACCGUUGUUUACGUAAAACUAUCAGGAGGGAAACUAAUUCUCGUCUCCAUUUCUUAUAUUUUAUUUUAGUUGUUUGUAGUAUUCAAAGGUCCCGGAUGGACACCAGGCAGCCCUCGUUUGGGUGAUCCCGCAGAUCUACCAGAGGUAACAAAUGAGUCAUUUAGCUUGCUUAGGAUACGGUUAUUACGUUAUUAUGACCAUUUUCUUUUUUCCCUGCUUUAUACCAUAGAUUGAAUAUCCCAUUCGGAAAUACGACAAUUCAUUAUCCUUCUGUGGUACCAUGUACGCCCUUGUACACUUUGCUGUCGCCAUUGUUGCUUAUCAGCUGCUGAUAGCGAGAAGGAUGGUAAGGUUAUUAUUUCUUAUAAUUUUUUUUUAAAAAAUCCAUCCCACGUUAGUGAAACCAGGGGCCAAUUCUUUGCCGGUUUUUUUUUCGCGGAUAUAUCCCUUCCGCUAUGGCAUCUCUCAUAACAGAUUAAAUACCGUAAACUGCUGCUCAUAAACCUUUCCCACGUCUGAGCCCUCCCAGUUAUAGGCCCGUAUCUAGCUGUAACCAAAAACAUGCACCCGAUUAUGAGCCACUCGGGUAUAUGCCCCCCUCUAGCUGUAAUUAUAACCCCCCUCUAAGGGACUGGUCAAAAAGUAUAAUGGUGGGCCGGAGCAUUUGGAAAUGUGGUUGAUAAAAAACACAUGACCCACCCCCUCCCUUCGGCACAAAAAUGACUGACCCACCCCUAAAGCAAGGUUGGAAAUUGCAUGACCCACCCCCUAGUUAAAACAUGGACGUUCGGUUUCCUCUUAAUAAUCCAAUAAAACCUUGUUCUGUACUUGACAAAAUUUGUUGAUACACUGCUACAACCAACAUCAAAAUCACAGAAAUUAUACCUUUCACUGAAAAUACGAAUGUCAAAAACCGAACAUUUCUUGUUUCAAUGGACGUUAUGAGUCUUGACACAAAUAUACAGCAAAACGAGGGUAUAUUGAAAUUAUCUGUCACAAUGCAUAUGAAAAUUUCAACAAAGACAACCCAUUCCUACACAUUACUUGCCGGAAAUGCUUAGAUUAAUCCUCAAAUCAAAUUUCUUCCACUUCAGUGAAAAGCACUACUUACAAGACCAUGGAACUGCAAUGGGCACAAAGACAGCAGUUUUGAUUCCUUUGCCAAUAUUUUCAUGACAUAUAUUGAAACAACAAUUCUAAGCAAAACUGUCUUUAGAACAACAGUUUGGAAAUGCCACAUACACGAUAUCUUUUCCCUAUGGGACAUGACAUGGGCACCCAACGACAAUUUUCGGAAAAAUAUCUGUUCGGAAGACGAUUUGAGAUCUAGAAUUUUCGGAACAUUUGUUGUAAAAUUUCUUGCUUCCAUGCCUCUCCUAGGAUUUUCGAACAAAUAAAAAAUGGUAUACUUGCCCAUUUUUAACUAAUUUUUACCGUAAAAAGUUCACCUAGAAUUUUCGGGAGUUUUGAACUAUAUUCUCGUUGGGUGCCCCUGACAUGAGUAAACCAGACAUCGAAGCCUUCAUUGAACAAGCAAGCUUACAUCACCCAACUAUUGAAUUCACGGCCAAAACAUUUGACACUGAGACUGCGUUUUUUUUAAAAAAUAGUGAAAGACACAUUUUAAAAAACGUAUUUUGAUCAGUACGUUUUGCUGGCUGAAAUUUUCUGCCUAAGUUUUGAUCCCUAUAGUAUACUAGACUUUGCUGAUCCGAACAGACGAAAAAUGAAAUACUGUUUAAAUACUAAGAUACGUCUAUGUUUAAGUGGUUUUGAACUAUAUUCUCGUUGUGUGCCCCUAUCUUUUUCCUAAACCCCUUACGUAUUUGUGUAUAAACCCAUUUCCUUAAAAAAAGGAAAAGGAAUUAUAAGGGCGGCAGUUAAGGGUAUGUUUUAAUAAGUCAAAUUUGACUGAAAAUUUGUCAAACUGUUUGUCUCUACCUUAAAGCUUAAGUUAGCCGGUGUUUGAAGCAUGAUUUAAAAAAAUAGUGAAUAAGCCAAUUAAAAACAUUUCAUUUCCUAGGGGAUGUCUCAGCUUCAUGUUGCUGGAGUAAUAUCGUACUUUCUCUUCACGAUGUCAAGUGUUGGAGCUCUUUUUGAUAACAAGUAAGAGUUUUAAAUUACAAUUAAAUCUCUUUACUACCGCGUUACAAUGGACAUCGUCGGGAUGUAGAUAUGUAAUGUGACGUAAUAUUUUUUCAUCAGGUGGUAUGCACCAUACGUAGAGUUAUUUCGCUGCCUUCUCUUCCUUAUUGUUGAUCUUGUUCUGUCAUCACAAAAUCUCGACACUGGAGGUAAGUCGCCUGCUGAUAAAGCCGGAAACAGUUUUCUCCUAAGUAUUACCUAAUGAUUAAACCUCUGUCUUUACUUCCCAAAAGAGUCGGUCAUUUCAGCGAUACAAGGUCAAUCAGCUUUUUUCGUAGACCAGCACACGUGCUUCCUGCGUUAUUUCGAAAAUUUAAACGGUGCGGUGAUGCUGUCGAGAGAGUUCAUAUCGAGUAUCACAAGCCAAACAUAUUUCUUAAAAGGUAGCGAUGCCUAAAAGCGGAACUCCAGUUAAAUACUACUCGUCCACAUAACACAAAAAAAUUUGAACCUUUGCAAGGAAUUCGUCAACCUUCUUGGACGAGUAUCUUGCCGUCGAGUAGUUAACGAGUUGCCGUGUAAGACAGUAAUGAAAUGGUUUCUUACCAAAUUUUGCAUGUUCUUGUCGUGGAAAUUAACCGAAAUGUCGCGAUAUAUCGACUAAAUUGCCUUAAAUGGUUGUUUUAAAAAAGAAACACAUACGCACUUGUAGCCUUCUAGCUGGCGGUAUUGUUGCCGCCAGUACUUUUUUUGCCGGCAAUACAGGGGAAGGAGCAGCGACUCUUAUGUGUAAGUACAACCAGGCUGUUUCCCCUUUGGAGAAGUUACACGCACAAGUUGAAGAAGAAAUAAAAUUUGUAUAAUUUUUUAACCGUUGUUUUUAUUAUUGUUUCAGUACUUCCUACAAAAUACAUCGGUGUGAUCAGAGGGAUUUUUAUUACAUCCGCUCUUUUCUGGAUAACGGGAUCAUUUAUGUCCGCGAAAAAAACAAAGACGGAAUGAACAUGGCGUCAAGUGUCGUUCUAAAUACCAGCAACCCUAAUGGCCAUGUUUCCUCUGGUCGCCGUCGCCAAAACACUCUUCAAGUCGUCAACUAAAUCAAAAUGAUAAAGAAAAACUUUGGGCCGGAGUAUCAGAUUAAGAAAACUGGAUGCUGUUUCCUAGCAAAGUGAAAUACAAAAGCAAAACCAAAAGACAUUUAACUGACAGCUUAAUAUUAUGCCCCCAAAAUACCUUGUUAGGAGAUAAAUUAUAUAAUACAGGUUUGUGCCCAGUCUACAACCACGUAAAACGAUGGAUUUUCUUGGUUAGACUGUGACUGCCUUUUGGAAUUUGACUGAAAUUGUUGCUGGACGACAAUUCUGGUAAAAUCUAGGAGUAAAAAAUUAGGUAUCUUUCUUCACGGAAAGAAUUACGGCAGCAUACUUAUGUAACAUUUUUAGCUUUCUGAAACUUCUUUAAUAGUGGCUUUCUAAUUUUUAUUAGUAAUAUCAACGAUCUUUUGCGUUUUUUUUGCCUGUUUUGCGAAAUCCAUAAUUAUAUCAAGCGCUACAUGUGUGCCGUAUUUGCACUUGUAAGCAGGCUUAGAAGAAAAAUUUAUUACAUUAGAGAAAAUUACACGCUUUACAAAUAAAUAUUAUAAAUAUGAUGUUGACUUCGAUUUUUUCGUCGGACUUUUUAGUCGUCGUGAAUUCAAUUUUUCGGAAACGAGAACCGGGUGACCAUCAUAGAGGUGACAAUCAGGCUACAGUGACUAUUAUUCAGUGGCAAGAAUGAAAGCCCUGCGAUUUUCGCUCUAUGUUCCGCUUGCACAGCUCGACUCGUGAGCAUGCCGUAUGCUGCGUUUUUUAUGUGUGUACAGAUUAUAUUUUACGGAAAUGAUACCCUUUACUCGUGAAGUAAGUUGCCUAACUGAGUUUGCGGCCCUUUUAAAUUCGCAUCGCUUGUGAACACUGUAACGUUUUGCAUCUCCGAAUUUUAGUUCAAAGUAAGCACAUUUGGUAACUUUGAUCUAAACUGCGUAAAACUUUGCCGCUCUCUUCAUGUAUCUUUAAAAUUAUGGGAUGUUUGGUACUACAGCCCUGAUAAGUUUUCCGGCCAUAAAUUAUAAACAUAUUUUCUUUGCAAACACCUUCUUCACACUUUCUUUUUUAAAUUACAGCACAGUAAGCCAAAGAGAUUUUAAAAUUCAAUAAAACAUACAACAUGUAAAGAAAUUAAGACGAUAUUGAAAGCUUGCUGAAACUCGCUUUUCCUUCUCGCCAACUGUUUGCCCCAAAGCUUACUCCGAAUAAGCCGAAAAUCUGGGUACCUUCCAGUUCAAAGUCAUUCAAUAGUGCAACUGAAAAUCUCCUUUCAGUACAACAGGGACAACUAAAAAGGUGAGAGGGUUGGGAGUGAGGCUAAAAUAACUGAAGGUCAGUACGAAUUGGAGAAAGAAAGUUCCUAAACUGAAGGAAAACAACACUCUCUUCCAAUCUAAUGCUUCAAGUUUAGCGUGGCGUGACCUGAUCAAUUCGACAACAUUCCUGCAAAACGAGAAUAGCGAUGUUGCGCGUUUUACCACCAACGUUCGCACCUGUCUGGCAACAAAUCAGGUUACAAGGUUUUUUUUUCGAGGGCGGUAGCGCUAUUCAAUUCAGUCGUUGUGCUACAAUGUUGCCAAAGAAGUUGCAUGUACGUUUUUUGUUGGCCGUUUUUCCGUACCUUGAAGAUUAUUUGACAUUUACUUCCUCGCAGCUUGAGAGUUAAUGGCCCCUCCUUAUACCAAAAUGUUGGACAGUGAUUGUGCAAAAAAAAGGUAACCAAACGGAUAUAAAAGCAACGAUGUCCAGAGAAACGUUUCAGAUAUGUCACGGUGUUAACGAUCAUGAGGAGACAUUCGCUCUCUACAAGUUGAACAGCCUAUUUUUUCAUAUCUCAGUACUGGUUCGAGUUUAUACUAAGAAAAAGCUGAAGAAGCAGCGAUUUAGCUUGAUGUUCAUUGGCUAUCAUGGAUAACACGGUAAGCUCAAUCCUUCGAUGCAGUUAGUCUUAUUCUCGAUAUUAAACUUUUCUAAUGAUCAGCACUUUAUUAUCGCCGCCAUAUUUAAAUGAGAAUAUUUUUACUGCUUCGAUAUUUCAUUGAAUGUUCACAAAGUCGAUAGUAGUCAUGCAUGUUAUUGGUUUAUAUACAAUACCUAUGAUAAAUCAGAAUAACAGAACGUUUAUUGCAUUCGCUGACACUAAUGUAACAGUAUUGAUCCACUGGCUUCAACUCGGUGCUUUUACUCAUUGUGUUUUUUUUGUAUAUAGUUUUUUAAAGAUUUUUAACUUUCCAUGAACCUCUAUUCUCAUACCACAAAUAAAAAACUCUGAGUAUUGUUAAUGCAACGAUUUUUUUUCAUUAUUUCCUACUUCCCUUACUGUUUCAGCCAUUGCUUGGCAAAGUCACAUUGUUGCAAGGCUCACGGAGAUUUUUCUUUGCUGUGACUCCGAAAGAAACAUCUUUUUCAAAGCCUGGAGAUGUACCCGACUAUCUAAAUGAAGUAAGCACUCUUAGUUUAAUAAUUAUGUUAUAAUAAGUGUUUUUACCUUGUAAAAAUUAUCGGUGAGCCUGAGGGCAACUAUUUAAGAGGAAUUUGGAAAAGCGGAAACCAACAAUCAGAUGAAUAAAGGGGAGAGUGGUUGAAGGAAUGGCUGUGGAAAUUGGAGACAUAAAGCAAGGGUGGCGUAGUGAUGAGAGCACUCGCCUCCCACCAAUGUGGCCUUCGUUCAAAUCCCAUUCUUGAGCAAUUGAUUGAUUUUUGUUGAGUUUGUUGUUGGUUCUCUCCCUCAAUCAACGCUCCGAGAGCGUUUUUUCUCCUGUUUUCCCCUCUUCUCAAAAACUAACAUUUCCAAAUGUCAAUUCGACCAAAAAUCGGGUAGACGAAAAACCACUUGGAUGUGCUACCUCUAAAUCGUUUUUUUAUUUAUUUUAUUCAUAAUCACCCCCUAUAUUUUCUGUCGAUCCCCACUAACCAAAGAAAGUGUUAAAGUUAAUAUGUUAACUAGACAGAAGAAAUUUGAUACAUUCAGGCCAUUUCCCUAAUCACGCUCUUGCUGUGUAUCGAAUGUUCAUUUUGUCUCCAGGCUGUUCCAUUUUUUUUGGGUGCCAUAGCACUGGAGUACAUUUUAGCUUUCCUUGCUGAUCUUCCAAGAGCAAGGUUAAAUGAUGCAUUCACUUCAAUCUCUGCUGGGGUAUACUCUCAGUUGUCCAGGUAAGUAAACAUUAAUCGAAUUUUCUGUCUGCAUGUGCAAAAUUAUUAAUAAUUAUCUACUUAUAUUUUUGAGUACACUAAUGCAUCAGUCAAUUCCAGCUGCUCCCCGCCCCCCCGGCUAUUACGGGGAGUUUGCCCGCCUUGUCAUUCCCAGGGGUGGGUCAUUAGCAAAUUUUCGCUACCCGGAGAACAGGCAUUUGCCAACCGCGGGGCCAUACCUCCGAGCUUUUGACACGCACGUGGUUUCCUAUGCGAAUAUAACUACACAGAGGAUUUUACUGGAAAAACAAGCUUAUUGGCUUAUGUCAAGCACAGGAAAAAAUUGAAGAGGGUUGUAAAGGCAUGUUCUCGAUUUUAUGCAUGCAUUUCUUUUCUUCAUUGCUUUUGGAGAUGAAUCAACGUUUUUUGGUCAAAUCGAAUUUCUGUUUUGGUAUUUGAAUCAAAUUUCAUGUUGAUAUUUAUUUGAAGAACAUUUCAAUUUCAUAAUUUUAUACAACUAUUAAAACCAGAAACUGGUUUACAGAACACUGAAUUAAUUUUUUAUAGACGUCAAUAACACAAAAAAUGAACAUUAAAAAAUGGCACUACUCGACUGUGCGAUCAAUGAAAAAUGUUGCAGUGUUGAUGGAGGACGGGGCAUUUACUCUCAUUUUUCGUCCCCACUUAUUAUCUACAAGUGAUCUGAAUCUGGUUUUAUAACUUAUUACCAGAAACAUGUUAGAGUUUACAGAAUGUCGUGUAAAUUUUUUUUUCCUACUCUACAACUUUCGAGAAAUGUGAUUUCUUUUUUGCAGGGUAAUUGUGUCAAGUGUUGAGCUUGCUUUAUAUGUUUUUGUUUAUGACAAUUUUCAUCUGGUGACUUUGCCAUGGGAUUCCCCAUGGACCUGGUACAUUUGUCUUUUUGGAGUGGAUUUUUUCUAUUACUGGUUCCAUAGGGCCGCUCAUGGUAGGUUUAUAAAUAUGUUGCCCAAAAAACAAAUUAUUUACUAUUAUUCAAACCUUUUUUCAUCUGCCAUAACCAUUACAAUUUUCUCAAUUUUCAUUGGUGCAUUAAUUGCUUUAAUUAUUUUUCACUAAUCACAGAAUUUAUUUCAAUAACCAUAACAAGAACCACUUAUCCUACCAAACUGGUCAUUUUCCAAAGUUGACGAAUUUGUAAACAUUAAAAGCAGUUUCACAUGAAAAAAAAAAUGCAUUUGUUUUCUCGGAAAUUGUAAUGGUUAUGAUUAACAAAUCGGACUCCCCGCUACUCGGUCGUCCAAUUUUGUUAAUCACUCGUAUGAUUACAGAACGAAUUGGACGACACGAAGUCCUAUUACCAUUAUUUAGGGUAAAUGCGAAGUGAAACUUGUAAUGAUAAUACUGAGGACUGAGUGGAGUCCAAUUCGGUCUGUAAUCAUACACGAGUAUGAUUACAGACGGAAUUGGACAACACAAAGUACUGGUACCAAUUAAUCAUAACUGCGACGAAAAUUUGUGAUAUUUUAAGCUUUUUUUAGAUGAAUAUACAAGAUAUUCUGAGAGUUCUAACUAGAAAUGAAUAAUAAUAAUAAUAAUAAUAAUACUAAUAAAACAUUCAAGUGCACGCGCAAUGGCGUGUACUGUCUUAUCUGAAACUGUCCUAAUAAUGCUGAAAUCAUGGCGGCUGAUAACCAAUCAGAUUUGAGAAUUUUGCUAUAGUUAUGAUUAAAGACCAGGAGCCUAUCACCUGUUCAAGAUCUAAUAAAGUAUAAUCUUCCAUAGAAAUCAACAUCCUGUGGGCAGCUCAUCAAGUGCAUCAUAGUUCAGAGGAUUACAACCUUACUACUGCUUUGCGACAAUCUGUUGUACAACAGUACUUAACUGCGGUAAGUCUUCCAUCGGGAGACAUUCGGGGGACGCCAGGAUGAAAUUAAAACUAGAGCACUGACCUGUCCACCUUUAGACUGAGAUUAUGUUACAUGAAUGAAAAAAAUAUAUAUUUGCAUUCGAGGUUACUUCUCUUAUAUAAGCCUCGUGGUUUCUUGAGGUCUCUUCGCCUAGACAAAUUUAUCUGUAAACCUAGAGCACUGUAUUGAAACAUGGCAUAAACAAAAUGACGAUGAUGAUGAUGAUGAUGAUGAUGAUAAUGAUGAUGAUGAUGAUGAAAAGCCUAUAAAAGACUGGUUUAUGCAUUAUUUCCGCUAAUGUGGAGCUAAAAUGCCUAGGCAAACAAGAGUAGACAUUAAUUUUUAAUAUAGUUUGGUUGGAUGUUCAAGGCAAACUAUACUUAAAAUAUGUCUAUUCUGUUUUUUUUUUGUUGGUCGUACACAAAGCAACAUUUUGGACACAAUUUUUAAAGAUGGAUAAUUUUCCCUUUGUUUACAGAUUUUUUACGUGCCUUUGGCCUUAGCAGUCCCUCCCUCUGUUUUCUGGGUUCAUGUUCAGUUCAACCUUCUUUAUCAGUUCUGGAUUCACACAGAGAUUGUGCGAUCUCUUGGACCUCUUGAAUACAUCUUUAACACCCCAAGUCAUCAUCGAGUCCACCAUGGUAAUUUAAAUAAACUUUGUCUGAUAGGUCAAAAAUUGCGUACUUAAACUAAAUUUAUUAAUUUAAAGGGCUGUUUCUGUAUAUACCUGUAUUUUUUAUUGUUUGUUUGUUUGGUUAUUUUCUAGGAAGAAACCCGUUCUGCAUUGACAAAAACUAUGGUAAGUGGGUUUGGGAAUAGGACCUUUGUCCUCACGUGGGGGAAAUUCGAGCCAAAAUCCCACAAUAUUUUAAACAACUCUUUCUAAAAUAACUCGCUAUAUAUCAAAACGCUGACUUCAUUUUCUUAUUUAUCUUCUUUCUUGCCUUUGAAAUAUGUGAAAUGUCAUCAAUAACACAAUGCUUUCUCGCUCCAGGAGGAACAUUCAUCAUCUGGGACAGAAUGUUUGGUACGUUGGCAGUAUUGCUGAAGUUUGACUUGGGGGAACUCUUUAGCUUACAGAAUAUAGCGUCGUUUCUAGUAACCUACCAGACGGGAUAGCUCCUCUUAGCCUGACUUUUUAUUUAUUUCAUUAGCUUCGCCAACAUAAUAUAAAUACAUUUAGGUGAUGAAACUCACAAAGAAAAAGUGGCAGGGAUUCCGCAACAGCGUGAGCCAGUUACUGUGGGCCCAGAAAAUUAAAAAAUAUAAGAAUAGUUAAAAUACAUAAUCACAAAAUUAAAAGUAACACGAGACUGGUUGGUUAAGACUACGACACUUAAAAAAGCGGGGAUUUUUACAGUCGUAAUUACUUAAGGUGGUUUUGUAAUACUCUACCGUUGCCUGUUUAAAAUCAUUCAGGGCGUUCAUGCGCAGGUUCAGUUCAUCAGCAAUAACGUUAAUUCCACUGAAGACGCGUAUGCAUCUGAUGAUAUAGGACUUUACGAUAAGCUGCUGUCUGACAUUUAGGCUCUACAAAUUUAAUAACACCACUAGAUGAAGAUCUGGACUAGACUACGAGUUAUCUUAUGUGAGUUCCCUGCUAGAAGAGGCAUCUUUUCCGUGGUAUAUGGCUGGUGGGACUCUCAGUCUCAUUUGCUGCCGCCCACCGAAUAACAGGGAAAAGAGACCUUUGCCAGCGGGGAAAAUGGGGAGCCAAAUGAACCGCCAAAUAAUAGACUCAUGUACAGUCUUUGUGAGUCACUGUCUCCUCAGUUCCAAGAGAUAACACGGACAUUUAAUUCACGAUGCGCUCUGUAAAAGCGCGUAUUUGGCUCGUCAAAACGAUGCCAGCUCCAACCUCGUUCUCAGGGUUUUCUCCUACCCGUAAGGAACCUGUUAAGCUUCCACAGUAAUAUUUUUUGUGCUAAGUUCAAGUACAUAUAAUUUUUAAUAGGAACAUUUCAGGCAGAAACCAAUGAGGAAAUAGCCUAUGGCCUGGUUCAUCCACUCGACAGUUGGGAUCCUAUUUGGACACAGGUUAGAAUCAAUAGAUUCCUCCCCCGCCUGCCAUGACCUUAUUUUCAGUUUAAAAAAGUAACCGUUUAAACGAAAUUAUCCUUCACAGCUUUGCCACUCCUCUCAUAUUUGGAAAACGUUUUGGGAGACCUCAGGAGUUUCGAACAAGGUAAAUCUGAUUUUUUUUCGCUGUGUGUUCAUCACAUUCCUCUGAACGGACUUCUUUUCUGUUCACAAGAUUUUUCCUUUUGAUUUAACUGAUUAGUAAAUGGAAAUCAAAUUUUUUAAUACUGAUUAAAAUGUUUGUUGGAAGAGACAUACCUAAAAAGUAUCAUAUUACUUUGGGCAAGAAGACAUUAAAUUUAGGUGGGUAAGGUGGAGUAGGAUGUGCAAAGGUAUAUAGAGAAACCUAAGCAUGAUCUCAAGCAUUCUCAUAUGGUCUUUUAUGCUAACCCUAGAUAACUAGCCGGCAGCGAGAUGAACAUGUUAGACACUCAUCGUAUGACAUGACACUAAAGAGCCCUCCUAGGCGUGACAAUCAUUCAGACUUGUCUUCAUUCCUGUUGCUUUACCACAAUGGAAGAAAAGGAAGAAGAGAUGUCGGUUCGUGCUAAUGAACCGAUUGUAGAGACUUAUCUUGUCCCCUAAAUAAAAAAUUACGGUGAAGCGCGAGAAAUGCAUGUCACGAAUAAUGAAUAAAUCGUAAGGAAAGAAUAGGGGAAUACGACAGUUAGUGCGUCAAAUUAUCACCAGGAUUUUACUAAAAUCACAACUGCCAAAUUCUUGGUUCGAUAUCCUUUCCCGUGCUUUCUUUUUUUUUCCUAAAACACAUCAUGAUUCAUUUUGCCGCCUUUUUAGUUGUCUGUAAUAUACAAAGGUCCCGGAUGGACUCCAGGCAGCCCUCGUUUGGGUGAUCCAGCACAUCUACCAGAGGUAACAAAGCAGUCAUUUGGCUUGUUUGGUAUCUGGUUAUUUAAUACAUUUUUACGACCAUUUUUUUCGCUGCUUUAUACCUUAGAUUGAAUAUCCCAUUCAGAAGUACAACAAUUCAUUACCCUUCUGUGGUACCAUGUACGUCCUUGUACACUUUGCUGUCGCCAUUGUUGCCUAUCAGCUUCUGAUAGCCCGGAAAAUGGUAAGUUUAAUUUUUAUUUUUGUUACAAUAAAACCACCAGCUGAUACAAGCAGGCUAUAAUUACUGCAACUUCUUUAAGCACAAAUGAGAAACCCGGAUUUUUUUUGUUGGUAAUACAAAUUGUACUGUGGAUUUUCAAUUUGUUUUGAGAAGUGUCUGAUAGGAGAACUGAUGCUGUGUUUUCUAUCUUAGGAGAUGACCCAACUUCAUGUUCUUGGAGUAAUCUCGUACUUUCUGUACACUAUUUCAAGUUUUGGAGCUCUUUUUGAUAACAAGUAGGUGUAAAACAAAGAUUACAUCUUCCAUAUAUUUGUCUGUAAUUUUUCCCGGGAUUUUCGGGUCCAGACAAUCGGCGAGCAAGCGAGCCAUGGGAAACAAUAGAGUUUUAUGAAACUGUAAAUGCAUGAAAAUUGUUUCCUGCUUAGUUCCGAGGUUUUGCUGAUGGAAUAUUUGCAGAAUUACGCAGUAUUGAUCGACUUUCACUGAUUAGGGUUAAGCGCUCAUUUUACUGACUAGGGUUAAACACUCGCUUUACGGAUUAGCGUUCAGCGCUGUUAAGGGUUUAAAAAACGAUGUAAAAGUACUCAAAUUGCGCAGACAACCACAUCAGGUAACAAUAUUUACACUUUGUUGAUAACUUUUAUCGCUUUUAGUUCAUUUAUUUCAUCUAAGUUUCAUUUCCCAAACAAACUCUUCAUUUCCCAUACAAACUCUCAUAAUACGCUUGGGUCACCUGUGAUCAAAUGAUGUCAUCUUGUGCAUGAAAAAGAAAUUAUGCCUUCAACUUUUUUCCGUUUCACCUUUAGUGAUCUUUAGGUGGUAUGCACAAUACAUGGAGUUAUUUCGCUGCCUUCUAUUCCUAAUUGUUGAUCUUUUUCUGUCAUCACAGAAUCUCGACACUGGAGGUAAGCUGUAAUCGUGUAUGUCGUUCUUUUGGUCUGUGACCCCCCUCAUAAUGUCAAAGAAUAAACUGCUCGCUUUUUCCAGUGAUUUUGUUACAAAUAGUUAUGGUGAGUCCUGGGACUCAUCUUGUGAAAAAUCAGGAGUCUUAGUCCCGAACCAAUGAGUCCCAGUUGAAAAAAAAAACCAGACAGUUAAUCUGAAGACAGACUCCAAAACUCUGUAUUACAGAAUACUGAAAUUAAAAUAUCAUUAGUCGUUCUAGUUAAAGCGCAACAAAGGCUAAAAGAAACACCCAUCGUUAAACAACUGCCAUAAUAACUGCCACGGAAAUUACACGAACGGGAUAUUUCUCUACGGGAAGCAUGCCAUGAAUGAUUUUGCGUCAUUGGAGAUUUCUUUGCGUCAGGGACGCAAGACGCAGAGGUAACAAAAUCACUGUUUUUCUACUAUCUUUCUUCGACGAUUUCUUUUUUCCGUUGCGUUGGCCCGUUCCUGAAGAAUUUCGUCGCACCAACACCCCCGAGUCGAGAAUGAUAAACAACUGCCAUAAUAAUUUUGCUUACUGAUCUUUUAAAAUUAACUGCAAAAUUUCGGCAGUCUUCCAUUAUAUUUAGGAACCAAAUCACGCUAACAAUUUCUACCGUAAUUUUAAACACAAGCGCUGCAAACUCCUUACACAGGUUUUUUAAACACACGUACAUCAGUGCAAGUUUGAAAAGCAAAAACACAAAAUCUUUUAAUGACUUUUAUGUUUUCAGUACUUCCUACUAAAUACAUUGGUAUGAUCAGAGGCAUUUUCAUUGUGUCUGCUCUUUUCUGGAUAACUGGAUCAUUUAUGUCCACGAAAAAUAUCAAGACUGAAUAA